AUGUCGACAGCCCCCCAGUCUACGGCGUGUCCGAGGGCCACAGUGAAUAUUACAUCACAGUCGCCGCUUGACCUGACGGAUUCUGCCUUUACUCUCUCAAACCAAAAGGGAACCGGUAACAUUGAAGUCAUCUUCGACUAUGGCCGCUGCGAAGGCGGCAUCCCUGUUUUUCACAUCAAGUCGGCUUCGGGACCCGAGCCAACGGUUCCCUUCCGAGUCACGUACAGCGAGACGCGGGCUGGCAUUGACCACGAGAAAGGCGAUGGACCCUUCUUUCUCUUCUCCAACGCCAUGGACAGCUACAGGAGCUGCCUACAUGAUGCGAGGCGGGGGACUGAGCCCCAUAUGGUAGAAGCGCGCCAUACUCAAUACUCCCAACGGUAUCAGAAGGUCUCACUCGUUGUUCCGGAAACAUCUAUCACGUUUUCAUCCAUCGGCUUUCGCAAAGUGCGCGCCGAGACGCCCGUACCGAGCACUUUUCGCUGUUCCGACGAAAGCCUGAACAGCAUAUGGACAGAUGGGGUGCGCACCGUCGACAUGUGUACCGUUCGCCAAGGGGAGACACGGCCAGCGUGGGACGUCACAGCGGACGGAACGCAUGUAUUUGCCGGCCACUGGGCUCCCUGUCGUCAGGGUACUGAAUGGACCGACAAGAUUGUCGAGUUCGAGGUGACGAUUGGCCGUGUUGGAGCUAGUUGGGGGGUUCAUAUGGUUGCCAACGGUCUGGUUCUCUGCCUCGAUGCUGACGAGAGGAAACUCGAGGCCUUUGAAGGACUCUCAAAUCAGUCCUCGAUGAUGCCCGUGGUUCCAAGAGGGAGUUGGCCAUUGCCUGCCGAUAUGAAGUUGUCCGGUUGGCUGGCCGUCCGCACCAUCGUUAAGGAAGGCACAGUCACUAUUGUCAUUGAAAAUAAGCAGGUGGCUGAGAUCAAAGACGUGCAGAUCAGAGGUAUGCUCUCCGGCGGCAAGAUGAAUACCGGAUCCGUUGCGUUCGGGGGGCCUGAGGGCUGGCUUUCGAUGUACAGAAACCUGACCGUCUCGGACCUGGACGGUGAGAAGCUUUACAAAAACAGCAUGCAGGCACCCGAAGCCGCGGCUGUGUUUGCUGAUUUCCAGGUCGGCACGAAUCAACUGGCCUGCACAGUUGAUGGGGCCAAACGGGACCGGGCAUGCUUCGGAGGCGACGUCUUCGUCAUGGGCCGCUCGCUGGCGUAUUCAACGGUCGACUUUGAGGCCUGGAGGGGCUCCAUUAGACUGCUCGUGAGCCACCAGACAGCCGAAGGCUACCUGGGGAACCUCUGCCCGAUCCAGACGCCAGAGCAUAGAGACGAGGGCCCGCCUCCGUCUUAUGCUUUCUAUUCCCUCACUUAUGCUUUACUUUUGGUGGUCUCCAUCAAGGACUACUGGAUGCACUCGGGAGAGCGGGAAGCAGUUGAGUCUUGCUUCCAGAAACUGGAGAAGCUGAUUCACUAUGCGGACAAGUUCACCAACGCGGCAGGCCUCAUCGAAGCACCUCCCCACCUGCAGAUGACCUGGUUUCCAAUGGGCGGCCCGGUAUUUGGUGUAUCCUCGAGCCUCAAUAUUGCCUACUACGACGCCCUUUUAUCCAUGGCCACCAUGUCCCAAAACGAACUUUCCCGUCCCUGGUACUUGUCCAGAGCCAGCACGUUGAAACGAGCAAUGGCUGAGCUUCUCUGGGAUGACGAGCUCGGUAUCCUCCGAAUGGGUGCGUCGCUGCCCGCAGACGGGUUCAGUCAGGACGUCAACGCCUACGCGCUCACAAAGGCCAUCGUGCCCCCUCACCCGAGACUCAUCGAACGCCUGUCUUCACCCUCCGGAGAUCUUCCUGCCGCUUUCCAGGACCUCGGCCACUGGGGCGAGUUUGGGGUCGCCAGUCCCUACGCAUCUGGAUUUGCCGUCGAAGCGCUCUUCGCCCAGGGCAAGGCCCGGCGCGCCGUGGAUCUGCUCCGGGCGGUCUGGCAUCCCAUGUCCGACUCGACGGGUCCCAACUACUCGGGAGCGCACUGGGAAGCAAUGAAACUCGACGGCUCGCCACUGAUGCACGACGUCUCGCUGGCGCACGGGUGGGCCACGUGGCCCGUUCAUCUCUUGCCCAGAUACGUCGCCGGCUUGUACCCGCUAACUCCCGGAUGGAAGGACAUUGGUGUCGAGCCUGUGCUGGCCGCCCUGAGCUUUGUCGAAUGCUCCAUCGCCACGCCUGCGGGCGAGGUGCGCGUGUCUGUGGUGCAGCAGGAGGACAGGUCAAGCGGGACGCUCUCUGUGACCAUCCCCGCGCAUUCUAGAGCCGUCGUCAAGCUGCCCAAAGGCUGGGCUUUGGAAGGGUCGCAGGAAAUAGCAGGAGACGGUCGGGCCGUGACACGUUCUUUUCAUAAGCUGUGA